CUGGUCGCGCAGUUUUUGCGUGGUUCCGUGAACCUGGAAGCUUUUGGUGAAUUUCAGGACGAGGGCUUGGUGGUCGAUGUUCGCUUCCGCGAGUAUCUCACCAUGUUGCCGCAGUUGGAAAAGUCAGGAAUUUUGUUCGGAAUGGACAUCGACCUCGCCGUCGAGAUCGCGAAUCAGGCCUAUUUCGUGCGCUGCGCGACGUCGACCGC